AUGAUUGUGGGCUAUGUACGUGGAAAAACCCCAAUAUGGGCAUUGGAACUAUUUCAGAAAAUGAGAGUUGGAGGUUGUGCUGAUUUAGGAGCUCUUGAUUUUGGUCAAUCAAUUCAUGGCUAUGUUUACAAAUUUGCUGGUCUUGUUUGUGAUAUUGCAGUCAAUAAUGGUCUGAUUGAUCUGUAUUCAAAAAGCGGCAGCCUUGGCUUGGCUACAAAGAUUUUUAGGGGAAUGUUGGAUAAGGAUUUGCUAACAUGGACCACCAUUAUAUCUGGAUUAGCGCUUCAUGGUGAAGGGAGAUAUGCACUCGAAUGA